ACUGAGAAGCUAUGCAGCUUGCCCAAAGCCACACAGCUGGUAAGUGACAGAGGCAGCACUGAACCUUAGUCGUCUGCAGUCGAGUUCUUUACGCCACACCGCCUCCCUCAGGUGUCUGAGCCAUACUGACUUCUUGCCUGGCGGUCACCGCAGAGGGAGAGGAGGCAAACCCAAGAGCCCGUCUCGGCUUAGGGCAGCGCUGUCCCUUAGGAAGCUCCGGCCCGUGGCUCUGCGAGACUGCGGGCAUCUUCCCGGGCACUGCACGGAAGAAAGGAGAGAAGACAGGCCUUUAUUCGGGGUGGCCCCGAAAGCUUCCACGAGGAGCGGGUGGCACGAGGCCAGACCAGGAGCGGCAGCUGCGCGGCCCCGAGUCGCCCCUUCCCCGGCCCAGCCCACCCCGUGAGACCGGAGCUCCGCGCCGGGUCGUCCGGGGGCCCACCAUGCUGGUGACUGCCUACCUCGCUUUCGUAGGCCUCCUGGCCUCCUGCCUGGGGCUGGAGCUGUCAAGAUGCCGGGCUAAGCCCCCUGGAAGGGCAUGCAGCAAUCCCUCCUUCCUUCGGUUUCAGCUGGACUUCUAUCAGGUCUACUUCCUGGCCCUGGCAGCUGACUGGCUCCAGGCCCCCUACCUCUAUAAACUCUAUCAACAUUACUACUUCCUGGAGGGUCAAAUCGCCAUCCUCUAUGUCUGUGGCCUUGCCUCCACAGUCCUCUUUGGCCUAGUGGCUUCCUCCCUUGUGGAUUGGCUGGGUCGCAAGAAGUCUUGUGUUCUCUUCUCCCUCACUUACUCUCUAUGCUGCUUAACCAAACUUUCUCGGGACUACUUUGUGCUGCUGGUGGGCCGAGCACUUGGUGGGCUGUCCACAGCUCUGCUCUUCUCAGCCUUCGAGGCCUGGUACGUCCAUGAGCACGUGGAGCGGCAUGACUUCCCUGCCGAGUGGAUCCCAGCUACCUUUGCCCGAGCUGCCUUCUGGAACCAUGUGCUGGCUGUAGCAGCAGGUGUGGCAGCCGAGGCUGUGGCUAGCUGGAUGGGACUGGGGCCUGUAGCACCCUUUGUGGCCGCCAUCCCUCUCCUGGCUCUAGCUGGGGCCCUGGCCCUUCGAAACUGGGGGGAGAACUAUGACCGGCAGCGUGCCUUCUCAAGGACUUGUGCUGGGGGCCUGCGCUGCCUCCUAUCAGACCGCCGCGUGCUGUUGCUGGGCACCAUUCAAGCCCUGUUUGAGAGCGUCAUCUUCAUCUUUGUCUUCCUGUGGACACCUGUGCUGGACCCACAUGGGGCCCCUUUGGGCAUCGUCUUCUCCAGCUUCAUGGCAGCCAGCCUGCUGGGCUCUUCUCUGUACCGUAUCGCCACCUCCAAGAGGUACCACCUUCAGCCCAUGCACCUCCUCUCCCUUGCCGUCCUCAUCGUUGUCUUCUCUCUCUUCAUGUUGACUUUCUCCACCAACCCAGGCCAGGAGAGUCCAGUGGAGUCCUUCAUAGCCUUCCUACUUAUUGAGUUGGCCUGUGGGCUGUACUUUCCCAGCAUGAGUUUCCUGCGGAGAAAGGUGAUCCCUGAGACAGAGCAAACUGGUGUUCUCAACUGGUUCCGGGUACCCCUGCACUUACUGGCCUGCCUAGGGCUCCUUGUCCUCCAUGACAGUGAUCGAAAAACAGGCACUCGGAACAUGUUCAGCAUCUGCUCUGCCGUCAUGGUGAUGGCUCUGCUGGCAGUGGUGGGACUCUUCACCGUGGUCAGGCACGAUGCUGAGCUGCGGGUGCCCUCACCCACCGGGGAGCCCUAUGCCCCCGAGCUCUAACGCUGCUCCAGGACAAGGGAGCUGGGACAGACUCUUGACUCCCCCUCUCCAGGGCUAUACAGAUCUCUCUGUGAUGGAUUUUGUGACUUUCUGCCCUGCAGCCCCUCCUGCCAGUGCUUUGUGUUGGGGCAGACAUGGGGGUGAUGGACUGGAAAGAAGGUGCCAAAAGCUGCCUCUGUGUCACUCCCUUCUUCCUUCCCGUUUAAAAAUAAACACUUUUAACUGGU